UCUUUUUUGACCCAUAACAACGAUAUCGAUUUAUUUCUAUCAUCCAGCACAUCUUUUUGUUCUUCAAAAAUCGAUAACCUUUACACAUUUAUCGUCUAUAUGUUGUCUUAUGUCCCAAAGAAUUGAAGUGGAAAGUUUAAUCCCUUCUCUCCAAUCCACCACCAUUAUUGCCUAAUCAGGCGACCGAACCACACGUGCUUUUCAUCCAACCCCGGAGUUUUGACAACAUACAAAAUUAAAGUCAUCAAAAAAUCAAUCUAGAUUCAAAUAAUGGCUUCCUACCUCAAGCCCGUAGAUAUUCCAUCCUUCUGCGCAACCCAACUCCAUCUCUUAGACCAAGAACUUCAAUCUGAGCUGUGCGAAACCUCCACUCUCAUAACGGGAACUUCACCUAUUUCCCUUCAGCGCGCUGGACUUGCUAUUAUAAAUCUCGUUUUGAUAUCUCAAAGAACUGGAUUGGGAGGAAAGACUGUCGUUGAGCUGGGUCCUGAUCCGGCCACUUCUAAUUCCGCCUCUGGAGGAAAAGGUAAAGGUGGCGGAGGGUCGGGAGAGGGCGAAUUACAAGAACAUGGGAUACGAGUUGGUGAUAUCGUGGCAGUUAGUGAACAACCGAGUGGAAGCGCGAAGAAGAGAGAAGUCAAGGAGUUAGAGGAGAAUGGAAGUAAAGGUGUGGUGACUAAAGUAGGGAGGAGUGCCGUGUGGGUCGCACUAGAUGAGAAUGGGAAAGGGGAAGAGAAUGUUGGGGGGAUGAAAAGGUGUUGGGUAGUUAAGUUGGCAAAUGAUGUUACGUACAAGAGGUUUGUCUACUUCAUCUGUGGGAUUGAUGGUCGAUUGAAUGAGGAGAGAGCUUGGAGGGGGAACUGACGGGUGUUUAGGAUGAAUGGUACCAUGGGAAAGUUAGGAAAGAUGCAAGAAGCGGAAUACUCGAAUUUUGUAAGGGUUUUAUUUGGCUGGUCGUCGCCUACGCCCGUACCAGAGAAUCUGACGGGCGAAGAAAUAGAGUGGGUGGAUUUGAGUCUGAACGAUAGUCAAAAGCAUGCUAUUAAAUUUACGUUGGCUUCGAAAGAGAUGGCUUUAAUUCACGGGCCACCUGGAGUGAGUAGUCUCAAUUUCCUUUUACCAUCGCGGCCUCUUGGGGCAGAUUUUUUUUAAUCAAAUCAGCCCUAAAUGCAUCCGAAUUGAUGGAUGAUGGUUCUGGGCAUAGCGAAGUUUUUUUCAAGUCACAGUAGGAAGUAAUGAUUCUAUGCCAUCGAGGAUACUGAAAAGACGGGAUGGAAAUGGAGGAAUAAUUCCUCAUGUAGUCACUGAUAUUCAAUAGACUGGAAAAACCCAUACCUUGAUUGAGCUUAUUUUGCAGAUGCUCAAACAAGGCCUCAGAGUAUUAGUUUGUGGGCCGUCCAAUAUAUCCGUGGAUAACAUUGUCGAGAGGCUUGCACCACAUAAGGUACCUAUUCUACGUUUGGGUCACCCGGCCAGACUUUUACCAUCAGUUGUCAAUCACUCUCUUGAUGUCCUUACACAGACUUCAGAAGCAGCUGCAAUUGUUCAAGAUGUGCGGAAGGAAAUGGAUACUAAACAAGCCUCAAUAAAAAAGACCAAGAGUGGUAGAGAGCGAAAAGCAAUAUAUGGCGAUCUCAAGGAACUACGCAAGGAGUUUCGAGAACGGGAAAGAAAAUGUGUAAAUACCUUGGUAAGAGGUUCAAAAGUUGUGCUUGCAACUCUACAUGGUGCUGGAGGCUACCAAUUGAGGGACGAGAAUUUUGAUGUUGUGAUAAUUGAUGAAGCUAGGUAAGGGCAUAAUUUUAUUACAUUUGCGUUCAACCCUAAGCUUCUAUUUUCGUCUCUUCUCAGGGCACGCUUCCUCCAUCUCCUUUAAAAUCUUGGUUGGUAAUUGCUAACUCCUAGCUUCGUAGCCAGGCUUUGGAAGCUCAAUGUUGGGUGCCUCUGCUGUCAGCUAGCAAAGUUGUUCUUGCAGGAGAUCACCUUCAAUUACCACCAACAAUCAAAUCACUAAAUUCAAAGACAAAGACGAAACCGCAAAGCACAGAGACAGAGAGCAUCAUGAACGGAAUGACUUUGGAGACAACUUUGUUCGACAGAUUACUGAAAUUACAUGGAACUGGAAUCAAGGUUAUGCUUACUACACAAUACCGGAUGCAUGACAAGAUUAUGAGGUUUCCUUCGGACGAAUUAUACGAAUCAAAACUUGUUGCAGCUGAGGGAGUUAAAGCAAGACUUCUCACGGAACUGUCUUACGAUGUGGAGGAAACUGAGGAUACUAUUGAACCCUUGAUCUUUUUCGACACACAAGGUGGUGACUUUCCGGAGAAGAGUGAGGAGGAAGGUGUUGAUAAGAAAGCCGGAAAGAGAAUGCUGGGUGAUAGCAAAAGCAACGAAAUGGAAGCGGCUCUCGUGAGACGACAUGUCCAAAAUCUUGUGGAUGCUGGAUUGAAGCCAGAGGAUAUUGCGGUUGUGACGCCAUACAAUGCUCAGGUAAGAGCGAUAUCACUUUUGUGCUCAACCUUAGCAGUUUUUCCGAGUAAUGCUAACUUAAAAAAGCUCGCUUUAAUGUCUCGAUCGAUGAAGGAGGCAUUUCCUGGCAUUGAACUGGGCAGUGUUGAUGGGUUUCAAGGAAGAGAAAAGGAGGCAAUCAUUGUUUCCCUCGUCCGGAGUAAUAGCGAAAACGAAGUUGGAUUUUUAGGAGAGAAACGUAGAUUGAACGGUGCGUACCAUUUCUUUUUGCAUGAACUUCCUCAUCUGUUUCUCUACGCCCAGAACCGAUGAAUCCUUCUUUGCAUGAAUGCCUCCAAAUACCCGCCCCCGCAUCCUAGCAUGUCACUAUCUCCCGCAAACGAAAUUAAAAAGUGCUCCUGGGCUAUAGCAUUUAUAAUAAUCAAUUUCACACAAUGGGAUGCUAGUCAUCACAUAUCCAAAUAUCCAUGCGAGAAAGUAUGGAGGGCUUGAUCAUCCAACUGAUACGAUUGUAAAAUUUUAGUCGCUAUGACCCGACCACGACGCUCGUUGACAGUCAUUGGCGAUUCGGAAACUGUCUCGAGGUGAGUUCAGACCUCUCUCUUUUCUUUUCCUUGAACAUGUCUACUUCAUCAAUAGGCCUGAGAUAUGCUAACAAUUUAUGUGUGAUCGAUACAGAGGUAGUAAGUUCCUCAAACGAUGGAUGGACUUUUUGGAAGAACAUGCCGACUUACGAUACCCGUCAAUAGCGGAAUUAAAUUCGUAAUAACGAUCAAUUUGCAAAUUCGGUCAAAAAUUCCGAAAACCGUUACACCUCUAUCACUUUGGUCCCCGCACCAAUUUUUUUUAGUUUUAUGGUAUGGAUCAUUCUAUGGACUCUACUCCUCUGGAAAAACAUUAUGCAGUCACGCAUGCAUGGAGGAUUCUCUCGGAAGCUAUCACUCAACUUCUUCUAGUCUUUGGUGAGGAUCCACAAAAUGUUCAUGAACACCAUCUCUAUCGUGCCACGCGAUUUCUUUUUUUCCCUUUUAAGAAGAGGGUGUGCAUCAGAUGAAUGACGAACUCCAUUUUAAGGAUCCCUUGUAGUUUCAAAUAGAGUAUGGCGGUGGCACGGAUCCCAGGUGAAGUGGAGCUCUACUAUGGAGUGAGUGACCAGAACAUUUUAAAGAAAUCCAACCCCCCCCUCCAAGAGACUGGUGGACUUGAUUGAAAUGCUCCAAUUUGAUCAUGACGGUGUUAUUAGUCACAUUGGUUUCUGCAGCUUCUGCAGCUUCUGCAAAUCGAGUACGUUGCAUAGAAGAUGUGAAGGUGGAUGACCUAUCGCAUCAUCAAGUCUCAAUGAGGUUGUGGGGACUGGUUGAGAAGUUGAAUCUUGAUGUUAAAGGCUGGAGCAAAGGCCGAAAUUUAUUAGACGGAUUUAUGCCAUGAAAAGUUAAUCGCGAAUGAUAGAUUGAGUUACCGUUCCCGUUUCUUGCUUGGACAAUUCAGGGAUGGAUACAGAUGUAUUCAAUGACCCCCAGGAAAUCUUGAUAGACUAUUUAUAUUUUAUAUUGAUCGAGGA